CGUUGCUCCCCCCCGUCACCAACACCAAACUUCUUCCAACCCUCUCGUUUUCUCCUCCACCAUCGCUAUCGUUCCCUUUAUCGCUCGAUAAGAAUUAAUUAAUUUAAUUCUCUCCUUUUUUCUUUCCACAAUUAUCCAUCGGAUCUUACCCACUCGACUCCAUAGACGAAUCGAUCGCUAGUCGAGCUUCAGAGUUCUACCCGUCAUUCGGUCGGCUUUUGGCGUACUCGCGCGCGUCUUUCCUCCCUUGGUACCCCUUGGACUCGCGACCGCCCAAUUUUACCGCUCACAUCGUCCACGCCUGACAACCACUCUUGGUCACGAACCUCGUCUUCAAUCAUUACUGCUCGAUAUCGUGUGUGCAUAAUCCGAGUUCUGAGUGUUGAACAUCUCUCACAAUGGCGACGACACCUCCGCCGCCGUCAACUCUUCGGGUGCCUCCCACUCCACGACAUGGACCUGGAUACGACCAAUAUGAGCCGUACUCUACGCGGCAUUCUGCGCGGCUAGCCGGUCAACGGGCAUCAAAGGAGAGACACACAACUCCUCCGCCGAAUUUUCCGCCAUCGCAGAGUUUGAAAGGUACAAAGAAGCAACAUAAGGAACUGGGAGCAUUGUCACCACCCGAAUCUGCUCGCAGAUCGCCCCGCAAGAAGACAACAGAUCGGAUCGGCAGUUUCCUGCUGGAUGGCGCCUCUGAACUAGACGACUCAGAUCCUUUCGGCACAUCGGAGCCUUCCAACUCAACUCGUCCUUUACACGCAUUCCGGACCACCAUGUCACAGGGAAUGCUGCCAACACCUGCCAAAACGCCAAAGAAGAAAGCGGUCGGCGAUGUUGGAAGCACGGCACGCACUCUUUUCCCUCCGCCCUCGGGACGUACCAAGAGGAGCAAGAAAUACACCGGCUUUUCACUGGAUAGCUUUGACGACAAUGCUCAGGGCGGAUCUGAUAUCCAAAUUUACACCGACUCUCGUGACCGAAUUCCAGAGCCGGACGAAAGCGAAGACAACCCAUUCUGCAAGAAGCCCACUGUCCCCACACGAUUUUCGAGACGCAGGGCAGAGCAAAGCAAGCGUGACAAGGAGGUUGACGAAUCAGUCAAACGUGACGAUGGCAUGACUUAUGUGUUCCGUGGCAAGAAAAUCUUCCGCAAGUUCGUUGAGCCAGUUGAGAGUGAUGGCGAUGAUGAAGAUGACGACCUGGGCUUGCUUGCAGCUCGCCCGGAUUUGUUGGAUGAAGACAUUACUGCCAACGUUCGACCACUCACUCGCUCGUCCAUCAAGCCUCGUGUGCUCUUCCCCGCAGCAAACGACCGCGCGCCUCCGUCAAAUUAUGUUAGCGAUGUCGAUGAAGAAGCAGCUACUGAUAUAGAGGACCACAUGGCCGUUCCUGAUGUCGCAGAAACUGUCGAUCGCCCCGUCGACGUUGAGAUGAAGCAGCGGCCAGUCACUCCUCCACCAAAUACUGUUGAUACCCCUCCCUCGCCUGGUGCGACAAUACGCUCAUUGCGUCCUCGAGCCAAGCGUGAUGAUUCGGAGCACACAACACCUACGGUCCCAGAGACCAAAAAGAAACGCGUUAGUCCCUUUGAUGGUUGGCUGAGAAGGAAACCGACUCCUGUGCCCGCAGGGUCCAAGGCCAGAAAGAGGGACGCUGCUGAGACGGCCGGUAGUCCCGGUGGCCCGGCUACCAAGAAAACCAGAGGAAGCCGAGCUGCCGCCACAUCGUCCUGACCUACAUAAUUUCAGAUGUUAUUGGCAUGCGAUGUGAUUCAGCUUUUGAUGCUCUGAAUUUUUACGUCUUUUUCCUAAUGGCGAUUCUGGUUAUUAAGACAUGUUGACUUUUCUUGAAUGCAAAGAUUCAGGGCUAAGAACCUUUUUUAAAAGUCCGGCUGCGCUCGGUUUGCGUCUGUUCAUACAAUCAAGUCUUUGUUGGGCAGCAGUCGGAAUGGGAUACGGGAAUGGGUAAAUGGACAGGUAUAGGGAUUUGGCUGGCAAGCACAUUACUGGAUGGAGUUUGUUUUUUUGUUUCUCAUGCUUUUUUUUUCCCGCCUCUGAGCCCGGCGUGUAUUUGAGCUCUUCUCUCGAUAGCUUUAGUUUAGAUAUCCAAUGACCCAAUAUCAUCUCUACUAA